AUGGUUGGCUCCCUUGCCCAUGUUUCAUGCAUAUCUGCGAUAAGCGGUUGCAAAGUCUUCAUCAUGCCCGAGUACAACCUUCACAAAUAUCUCUUGUACUUGGAUAUUUACCGAAUCACCUUUAUGACCGGUGUUCCUACGCUCAUGACAUCUCUCGCGAAGCACCCGGAUGCUUCUAACUUCAACCUCAGCGCAAUUGAAUCUGUAGUCACUGGCUCUGCUCCCCUGAACCCAGAGAUCGGCAAGUUGGUGCAAGAUCUCUAUUUACGACCAGGGGUCCAAGUCAAGCAGGGAUGGGGUCUUACAGAGACUACGUGCUCCGCGACAGGUUUUGCGCAGGAUGAUGAAGAUGACGGGCGUUCAAUCGGCUGGCUGAAUCCUAACAUGCGCGCCCGAAUCGUGCCCACGCCUGAUUAUGAUUUCGCAGACUAUGAAGGGAUUUCCCAUCCAUUGGGUGAAAUCUGGGUCUCGGGACCAAAUAUAAUGAGAGGAUAUUACAAUCGCAAACAAGAAACGGCUUCGUGCAUUGUUGUCGAAGGAGGCGAUAGGUGGUUCAAGACUGGAGAUAUCGGCUACGUGGAUGGCCGUGGUUGUUUCUACAUUGUUGAUCGUAUGAAGGAACUCAUCAAGGUCAAAGGACUUCAGGUUGCCCCGGCAGAAAUUGAGCAAACACUUUUGGCCUAUCCAGGCAUCGAGGACGCGGCCGUCAUUGGCGAAAAGAGGCAAAAUGGCGAAUUCCCAAAAGCAUUUGUAGUUACCAGUCAUACUGGCCGCAUAAAUGGCUGA